UAGAGACUCGUCGAGUAACAAUGAAGCUAUUGGCUCUGAUCGCGUUGGUGUUCUGCGCUUUGAGCGCCAAACCUCUGGAAACGGAGAGUGCCAAGAUCUUGGCUACCUUUCCGUUUCCGGGUCGCUCUCAGUACAUCUUUAUGGAGACCUAUUUAAAAGCCUUGGCCGCCAAGGGCCACCAGGUGACAGUGAUUAAUGCCUUUAAGAAUACGGCAACUCCGAACAUGAGGUUCAUCGAGGCCGUGAAGGUUCACGAAUUCUCUGACGAAAUGAUGGGCCUGCUAAAUGAACCAUUCUUGUGGGGCCAACUAAAUGCAAUGGAUUUUGUUUUGGCGAAAAUUACGGAGAUAACAAUGGAAGACGAUGGUGUCAAGAAGUUGAUAAACUCUGGAGAAACCUUUGAUCUGGUGCUAGCUGAGAUGAUCCAAAUGGAACCACUGUAUGCAUUUGCCCAGCAUUUCAAUGCUACCCUGGCCGGAUUCUCCAGUUUUGGAACAGAUAACCGCAUUGAUGCGGCCGUCGGCAACAUAUCUCCCAUGUCCUACAACCCACUGGUCACCUCUCCCCGCACCAAUCGGAUGACCUUCACGGAACGCUUGUCCAAUGCGUACGAAAACCUGGUGGAGGAGUUCCAUCGGCAUUGGGUGCAUCUGCCCACUAUGGAGAAAAUGUUCAAAAAGCACUUCCCUAACUCCAAGAAAACCAUGGCUGAAGUCAUGGAUAGUUUUUCGUUCGUGCUCUUGGGCCAGCACUUCUCCCUGAGCCAUCCGCGACCUUAUUUGCCUAACAUGAUCGAGGUCGGAGGACUGCACAUCUCCCACAAACCAAAGCCCCUGCCCGAGGACAUAAAACAGUUCAUCGAGGGCUCCCCCGAGGGUGUCAUCUACUUUUCCAUGGGAUCCAAUGUGAAGAGCAAGGAUCUUCCCCAGGAAACUCGGGAUACUCUGCUGAAAACCUUUGCGAAACUGAAACAACGCGUUCUGUGGAAAUUCGAGGAUGACGAGAUGCAGGGAAAGCCGGCGAAUGUUCUGAUCAAGAAGUGGUAUCCCCAACCGGAUAUCCUGGCCCAUCCGAAUGUGAAGAUGUUCAUUACCCAUGGAGGGCUACUGAGCUCCACAGAGAGUGUUUACUUUGGCAAACCGGUGUUGGGAUUGCCAUGCUUCUACGACCAGCAUAUGAACGUGCAGCGUGCCCAGCGAAUGGGAUUUGGAUUGGGACUAGAUCUCAAUAACCUGAAGCAAGAGGAAUUGGAAAAGGCCAUCAAAACACUGCUCACGGAUCCUAGCUACACCAAAGCAUCAGCCUCCAUUUCGGAGUUGUAUCGGGAUCAACCGGAGCCAGCUCUCGAUCGAGCAAUCUGGUGGACGGAGUAUGUUCUUAGGCACAAGGGUGCUCCGCACCUGCGAGCAACAUCCCGGGAUCUCACCUUCAUUCAACUUCACAGCCUGGACACCUUGGCUGUCCUAUUCGGAGUGCCUCUGCUAGUUUCACUCGUCCUCCUGAAGUUAACUUGUAAAUUACUACGCGGCAAAAGCCAGAAGUGCCCGCAUGCUGAUAAGCUUAAGAAGCAUUAGGGUCUUUAUGUAUAAAUAUUUGUACAUAUAUAUAUUUGUUUACAAUUCGAAGUGCCUAGUGUGUUGUUAAUCUUAUCGUAUACGAAUGUUGAAAUUAUAUUUUUUAUUGGUCAAAACUUGUUUAUUUGUGACGUACAUAAGGAAAUAGCUGGGAAACACCGCUCUCGCUUGACAUUAAUAUUUUUCUUCUGAUAACGUAAUGUUUCUCUUAUGUAAACAAAAUUUGUUUAUACAGUGGGACAAGCACACUCUAAAUCCGCUUUGGCUGUAAGGUAAUUUAAUUUUUAAAACAAUUAUGAAUAUUUCAAAAGCAUUUUAAAUUUUGUUGAAAAUUAUAAAAGUGUUAAAAUUGAAAUUUUAUUUUGCCCCUUUAAUUUAUUAAUGAGUUUAGUAUAAAAUGUUAUGGCAAAGACUCAAAAGAGGGAUUUUAUCUGGUGUAUGAAUCCGAAUGGCACGUUCAUAUAUGGAAGAUAUGUUUCGUUUCUCCCUAAUAAAUCUGGUAUUAUAUAAUA